CGCGUUCAUUUCAUUCUUGCCCUCAUUCCGCGCAUACUUCACAUCGUUGUUAGAUACGCAGAAUUGUCGCGCUCUCGCGCUCCGACAAGAAGAAGGAAAAAAGUGAUCAGCUGGAAAUAAAUCAGAGCGCGCGCUCGAUCCGAUUACUCUGCAUCAGACACAUUUAAAACACUCGAGAUUGUGCAAAACACCCGCAGAUAUUUUCAUCAAUUGUGGAGGUUCAGAAAACACUUUUUGAUUCUAUCGAUGCCAACUUUGACCACGAUCUCGUAACAUUGGUCUUCCCAGGUCAGUACACCUAAAUUUCCCCAGGCUCGGGCUCCGAGAUCCCAGCCGUCGCCAUGGAUCCCAGCAGCUGGAGUGGCAGUGAAAGUGCCGGGGAGGAUAUCGAGAGGAUGAGCGACUCGGCCGAUAAGCCCAUGGACAACGACGCAGAGGGUGUGUGGAGCCCUGACAUCGAGCAGAGCUUCCAGGAGGCCUUGGCCAUCUACCCACCCUGCGGCCGACGGAAAAUCAUCCUGUCCGAUGAGGGGAAAAUGUAUGGUCGUAAUGAAUUAAUUGCCAGAUACAUCAAACUCAGAACGGGAAAAACACGGACGAGAAAGCAGGUCUCCAGUCAUAUCCAGGUUCUUGCCCGGCGGAAAUCCAGAGAAUUUCACUCCAAGCUAAAGGACCAGAGCGUGAAGAACGAUGCGAUCAGCAGGAUGGCAGCCAUGUCUUCAGCACAGAUCGUCUCGGCCACGGCCAUCCACAGCCGGCUGGGGCUCGCGGGACUCCCACGGGCCACCAUACCUGGGUCCACAGGGAUUUGGCAGGUGCCAACAGGACAGCCUGGUUCCUCACAAGACAUAAAGCCGUUUUCACAGCAAAAUUACCCUAUCCAGACGGCCACUGCUAUUGCAGCUUACGAGUCCCCCACAGCGCUCACAGCUGCUGUCCCGGUGUGGCACGGGCGCUCUAUCGGCACCUCUAAACUGCGGCUGGUGGAGUUCUCCUCCUUCCUGGAGCAUCAGCGGGACCCAGAUUCAUACAACAAGCAUCUGUUCGUGCACAUCGGCCAGACGAGUUAUUCGUACAACGACGCGCUUCUGGAGACGGUGGACAUACGUCAAAUCUACGACAAAUUCCCGGAGAAGAAGGGUGGGCUGAAGGAGCUGUUUGGGAAAGGACCUCAGAACGCCUUCUUCCUGGUCAAGUUCUGGGCCGACCUGAACUGCAACAUCCAGGAGGAUUCUGGGGCUUUCUACGGCGUGACCAGUCAGUACGAGAGCUCAGAGAACAUGACCAUUACCUGCUCCACUAAGGUCUGCUCCUUUGGGAAACAAGUGGUGGAAAAAGUUGAGACGGAGUAUGCUCGGUUUGAGAACGGACGUUUCGUGUACAAGAUCAGUCGGUCUCCCAUGUGUGAAUACAUGAUCAACUUCAUCCAUAAGCUCAAGCACCUGCCUGAGAAGUACAUGAUGAACAGCGUACUUGAAAACUUUACCAUCCUCCUGGUGGUGACGAACAGAGACACUCAGGAGACCCUGCUGUGCAUGGCCUGCGUGUUCGAGGUGUCAAACAGCGAGCACGGCGCUCAACAUCACAUCUACAGACUGGUCAAAGACUGAGGCUCCCGACACUAACAGCAGUCUCACACACAGAACAGUGGAGACUUUAUAUUCACUGAGGCUUUACACAGCUGACGUCCGCCAAGAGCGGCAAAGCCUGACGGACUAAGAAGAGCCUUUGAAUGACUCGAGCUCAUUUUAAGUGGCCGUGCCUCGGUCAGUCCCACCCCAGAAGGCUUUUUGUCACGUUUUUGGGUGAGGUCUGGAAUGAAUAAUUACAUUAUAAUUUGUUCUUCACUCGGGUUUUUGGUGUUUGUUUUUCUUUAACCUGUCGUGGGUGAAACGGUACAGUUUUGUUAUUUUUGUCCGGAUGUCUGUUUAACUCGGUUGAUGUUUUAAACCACAAAUGUGUUUUGAAAGAACGUUGCUUAGCCUAUAUAAAGUUGUAUUGUCAUAGUACAUGGAAGCUUU